AUGGGUGGUUUAGGUGACGAAAAUAUGAGUGAUGGAUUAGGUGAUAUAGGAAGCAAUAUGGCCAAUGCUGGUGAUAUAGAGGUUAAUAUAGGCAAUAGUAGUCCUGUCGAGGGCAAUUUGGCUAGUGGUGGUUAUACGGAGGUCAAUAUGUGCAAUAGUGGUCCUACCAAGGGUAAUGUGGUCGAUGGUGGUGAUAUAAAGGUCAAUAUAGGUAGUGGUGAUCUUGUUAAAGGUAAUGUGGUCGGUAGUGGUGAUACAAAGGUUAAUAUGGGUAUUGGUUAUCCUACUAAGGGCAAUGUGACCGGUGGUGGUGAUAUAGAGGUCAACAUGGGCAGUGAUGCUCCUAUUAAGGGCAAUAUAGCUAAUGAUGGUAUUAGUGGUGCUUAUGAAGGCAAUAUGGGUAGUGGUGGUGCAACUAAAGGCAAUAUGGCCGGUAGUGGUAAUGUUAAGGCUAAUGUGAGUAAUGGUAACUAUGGUGUAGACAAUCUAAGUUGUGAUGAUGAAAACAUAAGGAUAAAUGAAAAAGAUAUUAAGGAGGCAGAGUAUUAG